AUGAACAGUGCGAAGUACUGGGAGAAAGCAACGGAAUACACCGUUUUGGGUCGGGAGUUAUCGUUAUACCAGCUCCAGAGAGCUGGAGUCGACCAUCGUAUCGCUCGUAAAAGAAAGGAAUUCCGGUCUAAGGUCAAAUUUAUGAGAACGGAUAAAGCACGGUUGUUCAGGGAGAGCAUGAUGGCUUGGGAUUUGAAAGGGAAAAUAUACGAGCGACGAUGUGCUACUGCAGCAGAAGCAGUCGAGACUGAAGAGAGCACUAGACUGAAGUCUCUCAUACCAGUUUCUGCUAUGCCUCCAUCACGGUUCAACGUAGAAGCCACCUUCGCACCCCACGGUUUCAGAAACUCCAUCAUCGCAGACCAAGGAAUGGUGGAUCCCAGGGAAAAAGACAAUCCCAUGUACUGGAGUUACCUCUGGAACAUCUUCUCCGGAACCUACGAAUACGGAGGCUAUCGGCGGUUUGAAGCUCUACCUGUUUUCGCCUCUCAGUCCAACCCAGACCUAGCCACCGCACUCUUCGGGUCCAGCAACAUCGACUCCCCUUCUUCUCUCUUCUCAUCAUUCAACGGACUUCUCCUACCCGAUUACAUGGGAGCACGCUUCGACAGUGGUAUCAUGGCCAUUGUUCCCGAUAUCUCCUCCCCGACUUCCCCAUCUGAUAUCGCACUGUGGAAGAACACCACACCAAGAGAAUACAAACUCAAGAUCUUCACGCAGAACCGAGAGACCGAACAGACGGGUGACCUGAUGCAAGAUAUCAAUUCCUUUACAAACGCCCAUGAACGGGAGGAGGGAUGA